CGCGCGCGCGUGCGCAGCGGCUGGACCUCCUCCCCUGAAUGCUACCCGGUUUUAAAAAAAGGCGGGAAGCUUACUGGGUGGACGCAGAGCAGGUGGCGGCGGAGGGGAAUCAGUCGCCUCCCAAUGAAUGUGCACUAGUUAGGCUGCGAUCCUAUUGACUUGAAGCCAGUGCCGGAUUUACGUAUAAGCUGUUCUAGGCUGCAGUAGCCCGGACCGCUUUUGUGCCCACUGGAUGUCCCAAGUUUUGGAAUGGGAGACCUGCAGAGGUGCCUAGCUACCGGGGAAUAUGGCUUGCUGAAGGAUUGUCCCCUGUUUGAAAGCAAUUUCAUGCAGGUUACCAAGACAGGAGACAUAGCCAACAGGGUCACUGUGGGCAUUGCUGCCACCAGCCCAAGCCUGGAGCUGCCAGAUCUCAUGUUGCUGGCCCGACCCGGCUCAUGCUUAACAGGGCAGUACCAGUGCGAGUGUCCCAAUCCUGAAGCAUCGCCAGCCCCCGACGAUGAGCUGCAGCUCUUUGGGCUUCUGCCCUUGAAGUUUGUCCGGAUCUACAUCCACGACGAGACGCGAUACCAGCUCAAAAUCCGCCUGGCCAACGGCCGCACCUUUUACCUGCAACUUAUGGCACACCCCCUCAAACAAGAGCAUGUCUUUGGGCAGUGGGUACGGCUGCUCUACCGCUUGCGCUUCCACCAAUCUGACGCUCCAGUGGCUUACGAGCAAGUGAACCAGCAGAGCCGGAGGCCCAGCAGACAAUAGCAGGAGGAAAAGAAAGCGUGUUCUCCAGGUGAGGAAGAAGACAAUGACUCUUGGGGAAAACAAGGAUUUCUUUUAUCUGUCCCCCGAAACUAAUACAGAGGAAGGUCCCCCUCCCUGGCAGGCUGCCUGGCCCUGGACACCGUUCCUCCUCAUGUGAAGUCGUCGCAACGCGCCCAAGGAGGAGACCGCACCCCCGUUUCUUCCCCCCUCACACACACAAUAAAACCAGUGAACACAAAUGCUGUCUACUCGGCUGAUCUUUGGCCGUUCCAUCCCCCCAGACCAGCCUCAAAACUCAAUCAUGGAUCCCCUUCUUCAGCUGUGGCCUGCCAAACAAUUUCAGUCACUGCUCCCCUUUCCGAAACAACUCCCUGAAAACCAGAGGGACAAGCAACACACACAGGUUAUCCCAUCAAGGUCACUUUAUUGACACAACAACGGACCAGACAGGCACACGGACAGAUACAGGGGCGGGUUAGCUGGUCUGUGGUAGCUUCCUUCUAUCCAAGCAUGAUAUGUGUAGCUUCUUCAGUGGGGUGAGGAGGUGAACAUGCCUCAAUCCACUUCCCCACUUAGCAUCUGCACGAGGUGGGAAGGGACACCGUGGA